AUUAUAAGAAUAUGGCUUCGUUCCUUGCAAAAAUUAAUGCAGAAAAACAAGACGUUGUUACUAAUUAUUAUGAGAAUCUUAGCAAAGCAGAGGAUAAUCGAGAGAAAGAAAAGAAAGCAGCCAUCAGCAUCCAAACUACAUUCAGAAUGUAUCUCAUCCUCACCUUGUUUAAGACCACUAAACGGGCAGUUAGGAACAUAGAACGUAUUUGGAAGGGCUUCAAGGUUAGAAGGCUCUUUCUCAAGCUCAUGAGAGAGGAGAAAAGACGAAUGCAGAUGGUCUUCUUCAAUGCUAUGGCAACAAUAAUUCAGAAAAUUUUCCGUGGCUAUUAUGUCAGGAAAUAUAAGCAUGACUUUUAUGCAAGAAAAACCUAUCUCAGCAAAGUCGUUCUCAAAAAUGAAGAGGUCAGAGAUAAAUUAGAAGAGUUUAGAAGGACUUCUGAGGAAGAAGAGGAAAAGAGGAAAGAAGAAAUCGCGAGGUUAGAGUUGACUAAAGUUGCCAGUAAUGUCCAUCAUUUGUGCAGUACCAAAGCCAUACCUGGUGUCUUUAAUUCACCAUAUGUGAGUAACGAAAUGAAGCCACAAAUAUUUAAUGUUGGUGUCGAGACUCAUCUGAAGACGACAUUUAAAUCUAACUAUAAAUGGAAGGCUCCUAAUAAGAAAAAGAUUAACUAUUUCAAACAGACCCUGACUAAUCACUAUUAA